UGAAAAUUGAGUCACAUCUGAGCAACUACUUUAAAAGGGAAAUUUUGGUCCAUCUGGGAGGGCAGACUAGAACUACCAAAACCACACAGAAAGGCUGAUAGAUUGCAAAGCCUAGAACCAUGAGCACUGCAGGGAAAGUCAUCAAAUGCAAAGCAGCCAUAGUCUGGGAACCUAAGAAACCAUUUAGCAUUGUGGAAAUAGAAGUGGCCCCACCAAAAGCACAUGAAGUUCGCAUCAAGAUUCUGGCUACUGGAAUCUGUCGCACAGAUGACCAUGUACUCAGUGGUGCGAUAAAAGUGAACUUCCCCAUUAUUCCUGGCCAUGAAGCAGUUGGUGUUGUGGAGAGUGUUGGGGAAGGAGUUACCAGUGUGAAACCAGGAGACAAAGUCAUUCCACUCUUUCUCCCACAAUGUGGGAAAUGCAGCCCAUGCAAGAAUCCUGAAGGCAACCUGUGUGAAAAGAAUGACCUUGGUGAAUUUAAGGGAGUAAUGUACGAUGGCACCACCAGAUUUUCCUACAAAGGGAAGCUAGUUCACAAUUUUGCUAGCACCAGCACCUUUACUGAAUAUACCGUAGUGCAUGAGGAUUCAGUGGCCAAAAUUGAUUCCGCUGCUCCACCCGAGAAAGCAUGCCUGAUAGGCUGUGGAUUUUCUACUGGUUACGGUGCUGCUAUCAGAUCUGCAAAGGUAAGGCCUGAUACUUCCUGUGCUGUUUUUGGUCUGGGAGGAGUCGGCCUCUCCGUGGUCAUGGGCUGUAAAGCAGCUGGAGCAUCACGAAUCAUUGGAAUUGACAUCAACAAGGAUAAAUUUCCUAUGGCUAAAGAGCUGGGAGCCACCGAGUGUAUCAGCCCUCUGGAUUUCCAGAAGCCCAUCAAUGAAGUGGUGCUGGACAUGACUGAUGGGGAUGGUGUGGACUAUUCAUUUGAAGUGAUUGGACGCACUGACACUAUGACUGCUGCCUUGGCUUCCUGCAAUAUGAACUAUGGCACAAGCGUGGUUGUGGGAGCACCCCCUUCAGCAUCUCAGAUUACGUUCUCUCCCACACUUAUCUUCACAGGACGCACUUGGAAAGGCUCUGUAUUUGGAGGCCUGAAAAGCAAAGAUGCUGUUCCUAAACUGGUUUCGGAAUUCAUGGCGAAAAAGUUUGUUCUGGAUCCUCUAAUUACCCAUGUUCUGCCUUUUGAUCAAAUCAAUCAUGGGUUUGAACUGCUCCAUAAAGGAGAAAGUAUUCGCAGUGUUCUGAAAAUGUGAAGACCCUGCUAGUGAAAAUACAAGACAGAGAUCUUUGCCAGAUGCAUUCCAGCACAACAACUGCAUGUUGCAUCGUAGAACAUCUGUGGAAAGGAUUGCAUUGUAUUGUGCUGCAGAUAGGAAUACUGCUUUAUCAACUUGUUGGUCAAUCCUAUUUUUCUCAGUGUGAAAUACAGAUAACUCUGUCUUGUGAUUCAUACUUUCAGUGAUGUGGAUAUUGUGUUCAAU